UAGCAGCAGCAUAGAGGUCAUGGAGAAGAUGGUUGGGUUUGAAAACUUGAAGAUUUCCGGCAGUGAUGCAACCAACGCUGUCAUCAAUCUCGAUCAAGGAAAUCCGACGGCAUUCGAAGAGUAUUGGAUGAAGAUGAAGGAGAGGUGUGUUGUGGUGAUACCAGGAUGGGAACUGAUGAGCUACUUUAGCGAUACCACGAACGUGUGUUGGUUCCUGCAGCAAGAUCUUGCUGAGGCGAUCAAGGCGUUGCACCGUGAGAUCGGCAACGCAGCGACUGAAGAACGCUACAUCGUGGUGGGUACUGGCUCUUCACAGCUUUGUCAAGCCGCUUGGUUUGCACUUUCUUCUCUCUCUGAGGCCAAGCCUCUCAGCAUUGUCGCCGCGGUUCCUUACUACUCCACAUACGAGGAGCAGGCAUCGUAUGUUCAGUCGCAGCUGUACAAGUGGGAAGGAGAGGCAAGAACGUUCAACAAACCCGGACCGUACAUCGAGAUGGUGACAUCACCGAACAAUCCUGACGGGACCAUAAGAGAGCCGGUGGUGAACCGUGGUGGGAAAGUGAUAUACGACCUUGCGUAUUACUGGCCACACUACACUCCCAUCACUCGCCGUCUAGACCACGACCUUAUGCUCUUCACUUUCUCUAAGAUCGCCGGUCACGCUGGGUCCCGCAUCGGGUGGGCGUUAGUGAAGGAUAUCGAGGUGGCCAAGAAGAUGGUGCAAUACAUAACCAUCAACUCCAUUGGUGUGUCAAAGGAGUCACAGAUUCGAGCCACCACGAUCCUCAACGAACUCACCAAAACUUGUCGCAUCAAAUCGGAGAGCUUCUUCCAGUAUGGUUACGAGAAGAUAAAGUCAAGGUGGGAGAGACUACACUGGGUCGUAGAUAAGACCGGUGACACAUUCACUCUACCUAAUUACCCUCAAGCCUUUUGCAACUUCUUUGGCAAAAACAACUCCACUUUUCCGGCGUUUGCAUGGCUGGGGUGUAAAGAAGAGAAUGAUCUCGAAAGUCUCUUGAAAGAAAAGAAGGUUUUAACCAGAGGAGGAGACCGAUGUGGCAGUGAUAAGAAGUACGUACGCGUCAACAUGAUUGGCCCCGACAAAGACUUUGAAGAGUUUCUUCACAGACUUCUUACCAUCAAGAAUCCUAACUGCUUUGAUCCUUAAGUGUUUUUUUUUUCAUAUGACAUUUCAAUAAUGGUUUUUUUCCGUAAUGUU